AUGCUGAUAUCGUACUUUCGUAGGUACGUGGACUCCUCCUGGGGAUGGGAUCCUGCCGCCAAACAGGAAGAAUUAUUCCACACGUAUUCUCGAUUUAUACUUGCGCGAAACCAAGACGUGAUAACAAAUGAUACGACAAACGAGGCUGGACAAAGACCCAUUAUUGCAUAUGUAAUGUUUCGCUUCGAUCGCGAAGAGGACGAGGAUGUCGCCUACUGCUACGAGUUGCAGGUCUGCAAAGAUAUGCGACGUAGCGGAUUGGGAAGAUUCCUGAUGCAUCAGCUGCAGUCCAUCAGCACUCGCUGGCACAUGGAAAAGGUCAUGCUGACGGUCUUCAAACGUGCGUUAGGUUGA